CGAAAUUUGGGGAUUUUGGGGGAGAUUUGGGGAAAUUCGGGGCGUUUGGGGGAACUUUGAGGAUUUUGUGGGAUUUUUGGAGUCUCCUCCACACUUGAGGCGUCUUUGGGCUUCUCCAUUAAACCUAGAACUCCUCUCACAGCCUCCCCCUCUCACUCACUGCCGCGCCGGGGGUUUUGGUGUCCCUGGGAGGGAUUUUGGGGCAUUUUUGGGAUUUUUUGGGAUUUUUUGGGGGGAUUUUGGGCAACAAAACCAGCGGAACUCAAGUUCGGGGAAACACGUGACACCCGGAAGCGAAUGGAAGUGACGCAGCGGAAGUGACCGGAAGGUGCUACGGGGACACCGGAAGUAGCGAGGCCACGCGGCGGCGCCGGGAUGGGGCGGCCCGGAAAGAGCCGUUUCCAGCGGCAGCAGCGCGCCCAGGCCCGGCAGCGCUCGGAGCAGGAAUUCUCCUCCGUCCCUCACUCGUUCGUGUUCACCCGCGGCCGCGCCGGGAGGAGCCUCCGGAGCCUCUGCAAGGACCUGAGGAAGGUUCUGGAACCUUUCACGGCCAGGAACCUGCAGGUGCGCCGGCGCAAUUCCCUGCGGGACCUGGUGGCCGUGGCCGGGCCCCUGGGGGUGUCCCAGUUCCUGGUGCUCAGCAAAUCCCAGAGCGGCGUCAACCUGAAACUUUUCCGCCUGCCCGGGGGUCCCACCCUGACCUUCAAAGUGCUCCAGUACUCCCUGGUGAGGGACGUGGUCUCAGCCCUGAAGAGGCACCGCAUGCAUGAGCAGCAGUUCCUGCACCCCCCCCUGUUGGUGCUGGGCAAUUUCGGGGCUCAGGCGCGGAUGGAGCUGAGGCUGACGGCUGGGAUGUUCCAGGGGAUGUUCCCGGCCAUCAACGUCCACAGGGUGAACCUGAACUCCGUCCGUCGCUGUUUGCUGAUCUCCUACGACGCCGAGUCCCAACUGCUGCAGUUCCGCCACUACAGUGUCCGGGUGGUUCCCGUCGGGCUCAGCCGGGGCCUGCGGAAAAUCCUCGGGGAGAAAUUCCCCAACCUGGCGCGGAUGGGGGACGUCAGCGAGCUGCUCACGGGUGACGCCGCCCUGUCCGAGAGCGAGGCGGAGCCGGACGGGCCCCAGAACGUUCUGGAACUGCAGAACUGCGCGGGGAGGGGGAACGCGGUGACACAGCAGAGCGCCAUCAGGGUGACAGAGAUCGGGCCCCGUCUGACGCUGCAGCUGCUGAAGGUGGAGGAGGGGCUGGGCCAGGGCAACGUCCUGUACCACGGGCUGGCCCCCAAGGGGGAGCAGGAGCUCCGCGAGCUCCAGGCUGUGCUCAGGUGUAUCCCAGGUAUCUGUGGGUAUCUCAGGUGUAACCCAGGUGUAACCCAGGUGUAUCACAGGUUCCUGUGGGUAACCCAGGUGUAUCCCAGGUGUAACCCAGGUGUAUUUCCGUUACCCGCAGCCCCCAAGGGGGAGCAGGAGCUCCGCGAGCUCCAGGCUGUGCUCAGGUGUAUCUCAGGUGUAUCCCAGGUAUCUGUGGGUAUCUCAGGUGUAACCCAGGUGUAUCUCAGGUGUAACCCAGGUGUAACCCAGGUGUAA